UGUUACAACACAUCCUUUUCUCUUUUUUUCUUCUUUUCAAAAAUUAGGGAUUCAAAUGACACAAUAGCCCUUCUUCUCCUCAUUUCACCUUUUCUUCUUUCUUCUUCUCGUUUGUUGAACGCCUCUCUCUCUCUCUCUCUGUCUGCUUCUUCACUCUGGUACGCAAAUCUCCUCUUUCAUUCCCUCUUCUAUCUGAUCUACGUGUCCAAGCACUUCACCUCCACGCUCCAUUCAGUUCAUCUUUUAUUUUUCGUUUUUUCCUUUUCCUAAACCUUCUAAGAUCGACCUCCACAAACAAUAAACAAAAUCCCGUGUUUUCUGCAUUUCUCGUCAUUGAAGCCAAGCCGCUGUAGAAAUACAUUAUGGUGGCGACAGCUGCUACGUCUUCGUUUUUCCCUGUUACUUCACCCUCGCCGGACUCUGGUGGCAACAAAGCUGGUGGUGGGCGUGCAAACCUUGGGGGACUAAAAUCCAAAAGUGGGACUUGCGGUGGCUUGCAAGUUAAGGCAAAUGCGCAAGCCCCUCCAAAGAUUAAUGGAACCACAAUUGCGCCAUCUGUAGAAAGCUUGAAGCAUGAGGAUGAUUCACCUUCGCCUCCUCCAAGGACUUUUAUCAACCAAUUACCUGAUUGGAGCAUGCUUCUUGCUGCCAUCACAACAAUUUUCUUGGCCGCAGAAAAGCAGUGGAUGAUGCUUGAUUGGAAGCCGAGGCGACCUGACAUGCUUAUUGACCCCUUUGUUGGCAUAGGAAGAAUUGUUCAGGAUGGUCUUGUGUUCCGUGAAAACUUUUCUAUUAGAUCAUAUGAAAUUGGUGCCGAUCGAACAGCAUCUAUAGAAACUGUAAUGAACCAUUUGCAGGAAACUGCACUUAAUCACGUUAAGAGUGCUGGGCUUCUUGGUGAUGGCUUUGGUUCUACGCCAGAAAUGUGCAAAAAGAACUUGAUAUGGGUAGUUACACGAAUGCAGGUUGUGGUUGAUCGUUAUCCUACGUGGGGUGACAUUGUUCAAGUAGACACUUGGGUUUCUGCAUCAGGAAAGAAUGGCAUGCGUCGAGAUUGGGUUUUACGGGACAGCAAAACUGGUGAAAUCUUGACAAGAGCUUCCAGUGUUUGGGUUAUGAUGAAUAAGCUGACAAGGAGGCUGUCUAAAAUUCCAGAAGAAGUCAGAGAGGAGAUAACAUCUUAUUUUGUGGAUUCUGACCCAAUUCUGGAAGAGGAUAGCAGAAAACUGCCUAAACUUGACGACAAUACUGCAGAUUAUAUUCGAACUGGUUUAAGUCCCAGAUGGAGUGAUCUGGAUAUCAAUCAGCAUGUUAACAAUGUGAAGUACAUUGGCUGGAUUCUGGAGAGUGCUCCACAGCCAAUUUUGGAGAGUCACGAGCUUUCUUCCAUGACUUUGGAGUAUAGGAGGGAGUGUGGCAGGGACAGUGUGCUGCAUUCCUUGACUGCUGUAUCUGGUGCCGACAUUGGCGAUCUAGCUCACAGUGGACAUGUUGAGUGCAAGCAUUUGCUUCGACUUGAAGAUGGUGCUGAAAUUGUGAGGGGCAGGACUGAGUGGAGGCCAAAAUCUAUGAACAACUUCGGUAUUGUUAAUCAGGUUCCAGCUGAAAGCACCUGAGGUUUUGAAUGGUUAACGGUGGGAGUUGCAUCAGCCUCCUUGGUGUGUUUAAACUGGUUCUGGCCUCUGGGAGUUUUGCUUGUGUUUGUCCAAUCUACAUGUCUUAUAUAUAUAUAUAUAUAUACCUUCUAAUUUGUGUUAACUUUGGUGGGUAAGGGGGAAAAGUAGCAGUAAAUCUCAUUCUCAUUGUAAUUAGCUCCUGUUCUACUGUCUCGCUGCUCCAUAUUUCAUUUCAUUUCAUUUCUGAUUGCGCUACUGCUAGGCUGUCUUCAAUAUUUAAUUGUUUGAUCAAAAUGGCUAGGCAUGUAUAUUAUUAUUCUUGGCCCAUUUAAAGAUGCAUUUUUCCUUAUGAACACAGCAUAAUUAUUUUUCAUGUAUAGCCUGUAUGCAAGAAUGACUUAUCCGUCCAAUACAACUGUGAUUGUGUGCUCCAGCUUGUACUUAUGCCAUCGUCCCACAUGGGAAUUAUUGGGCGCAAAACAAUCCUUCUCCUUCAAGCUUGUUAUAAUAAUGCAUAUUAU